UUAAUUUCAUAAUUCAACUCCUGCUUUACAUCCGCGUCCCUUCAGUUUUCCUUCUCUUUCCCCCUUCUCUCUUCUCUCUCUUCUCUCUCUUAGGGUUUCGGAGCGCCGCUUGUGUCCCUGAAAUCGAUCUGAGAGUGUGAUUCUCUCACUCGCACUCUCCUCCAUUAAAUUCCUUCGUUACCGUGAAUCUUCAGGCUGAGGUACUAUGGCAAUGGAAGUUACCCAGGUCCUUCUAAAUGCACAAUCAGUUGAUUCAAAUGUGCGGAAACACGCAGAGGAUUCAUUGCUACAGUUUCAGGAGCAGAAUCUUCCGGUUUUCUUGUUGUCUCUUUCUGGGGAACUUUCUGGUGAGGACAAACCUGUUGACAGUCGCAAGUUAGCGGGACUGCUUCUUAAAAAUGCUUUAGAUGCUAAGGAACAGCAUAGGAAAUACGAGCUUGUCCAAAGAUGGUUAGGCCUAGAUCUGGCUGUCAAAUCCCAAAUAAAAUCGUGCUUGUUGCAGACUCUUUCUUCUCCUGUGCCUGAUGCCAGCUCCACGGCUGCACAAGUCAUUGCUAAGGUUGCAGGUAUUGAGUUGCCUCAAAAACAGUGGCCUGAGCUUAUCGGUUCACUUCUUUCGAACAUUCACCAGGUUCCUGCACAUGUGAAGCAGGCUACAUUGGAAACACUAGGGUAUUUGUGUGAAGAAGUUUCUCCUGAUGUGGUAGACCAAGAUCAAGUAAAUAAGAUACUGACAGCUGUGGUACAAGGUAUGAAUGCAAAUGAGGGAAACAAUGAAGUCAGGCUUGCUGCCACUCGAGCACUGUAUAAUGCUCUCGGUUUUGCUCAAGCUAAUUUUUCGAAUGAUAUGGAGCGUGACUAUAUUAUGAGAGUUGUUUGUGAGGCUACUUUGUCCCCUGAAGUGAAAAUCCGGCAGGCUGCUUUUGAAUGUUUGGUCUCGAUUUCCUCCACAUAUUAUGAGAAGUUGACUCCAUACAUUCAGGAUAUUUUCACUAUAACCGCUAAGGCAGUCAAGGAAGAUGAAGAGCCUGUUGCACUUCAAGCUAUUGAAUUCUGGAGUUCAAUUUGUGAUGAGGAGAUAGAUAUUUUGGAAGAAUAUGGGGGUGAUUUUACCGCAGACUCAGAAAUUCCUUGCUAUUAUUUCAUCAAGCAGGCCCUCCCUGCCCUUGUCCCUAUGCUUUUGGAGACACUUCUGAAACAAGAGGAAGAUCAAGAUCAGGAUGAAGGGGCAUGGAACAUUGCUAUGGCCGGAGGUACCUGCCUUGGUUUAGUUGCUCGAACUGUUGGUGAUGAUAUUGUCCCGUUAGUCAUGCCAUUUAUAGAAGAGAACAUUACCAAGCCUGAUUGGAGACAAAGGGAGGCUGCUACAUAUGCUUUUGGUUCCAUUCUAGAGGGCCCAUCACCUGAUAAGUUGACUCCCAUUGUCAAUGUUGCUUUGAAUUUUAUGCUCACGGCUCUGACUCAGGAUCCUAAUAGUCAUGUAAAGGAUACAACAGCAUGGACCCUCGGCCGAAUAUUCGAAUUUCUUCAUGGUUCAACCAUGGUUGCACCCAUUAUUACUCCUGCAAACUGUCAGCAGAUUAUCACUGUUCUCCUCCAGAGCAUGAACGACGCUCCAAAUGUUGCUGAGAAAGCCUGUGGUGCUCUUUAUUUUCUUGCACAGGGUUAUGAGGAUGUUGGCUCAUCAUCUCCCAUCACUCCUUACUUUCAGGAAAUUGUUAAAUCCCUUCUUAAUGUCACUGACAGGGAAGAUUCUGGGGAGUCACGUUUAAGAACUGCUGCAUAUGAGACACUCAACGAAGUGGUGAGGUGUUCUACUGAAGAAACAGCACCCAUGGUGUUGCAAUUGGUUCCUAUUGUUAUGACCAAACUUCACCAAACACUGGAGGGUCAGAAGACAUCUGGAGAUAGGGAGAAGCAGAAUGAGUUGCAGGGCCUACUUUGUGGGUGCUUACAGGUCAUUAUACAGAAACUUAGCGUAUCAGAGGCAACAAAGUAUGCGUUCAUGCAGUUUGCUGAUCAGAUCAUGAAUCUCUUCCUCCGGGUAUUUGCUUGUAGAAGUGCAACUGUUCACGAGGAAGCUAUGCUUGCUAUUGGAGCACUGGCGUAUGCUACGGGUCCUGAUUUUGCUAAGUAUAUGCCUGAGCUUUACAAGUAUUUAGAGAUGGGUCUUCAGAAUUUCGAAGAGUAUCAAGUCUGUGCUGUCACAGUUGGUGUCGUGGGGGAUAUUUGCAGGGCACUAGAAGACAAAAUAUCACCAUAUUGUGAUGGAAUCAUGACCCAGCUCUUGAAAGACCUUUCGAGCAAUCAGUUACACCGCUCUGUGAAGCCUCCUAUUUUUUCAUGCUUUGGUGACAUAGCUCUUGCAAUUGGAGAGAAUUUUGAGAAGUACUUAAUGUAUGCCAUGCCUAUGCUCCAGAGUGCUGCAGAUUUGUCUGUUCAUACAUCGGGUGCCGAUGAUGAAAUGAUCGAGUAUACCAAUCUUUUGAGGAAUGGCAUACUGGAGGCCUAUUCUGGAAUCUUUCAGGGUUUCAAAAGCUCUCCUAGGACUCAGUUGUUGAUUCCAUAUGCUCCUCACAUUUUGCAAUUCCUGGACAGCAUCUACAUGGAGAAAGACAUGGAUGAUGUCGUGAUGAAAACUGCUAUCGGGGUUCUUGGAGAUCUGGCAGAUACUUUGGGAAGCAAUGCAGGUUCUUUGAUUCAGCAAUCUUUGUCAUGCAAGGACUUUUUAAAUGAUUGUUUGUCCUCAGAUGACCAUUUGAUCAAAGAAUCUGCCGAGUGGGCCAAGAUGGCCAUCAGUCGGGCUAUUUCUGUCUGAGGCUGCGGUCCUUGGGGUACAUACAUUUUUCUUUCCCUUUUAGAAGUCCCUGCAUGCAUAUGGUUGUGUCGAGUCGCGGUCCAUGAUUGCAUUCAACAUGUUGGGUCAUUGGCAUUUACUGACAAAAGAAGCAACUGAAGGAGAUCUUCAAGUUGUCAUUACUAACUCAUGCAUCGGAACCAUGGGGUCGGGUCCUUUUAUUUCGCCAUGGAAGGAGUCUGGGAUGAUGCUGUCUGAGAAGUGGCUCCUUGAGAAGUGUUAACUGACCUAGUGCUGGACAUUCGGGUUGGAUAACUGAUGUUGCCAUGGCAUGCGGAGUGGACUUAACCGGUUACCGGGUCAAUGAUUAAUAUUUUUCUUACAUCCAGAAUCACCCGGUUUACCCAUCCAUGUGCUGCUGCUUUGUUAAAGUCUGUGGGGUGCUGGAGUUCUCGGGGGCAAAUUUUGGUUCGUGAUCGAUUCGGAAGCCACCUCACCAUCAUCUCCAUAUCCCCCAACAUAAUUUUAUGUCAUCCUUUUAUUUUAUUUUCUUUUUUGUUCGGUUUUGGUUUGCCCUUUUUUGUGUCAGUCCACAUCAUUUGCAUUGGUCUGUCCUUUUCAUUUUCUACAUUCGGAAUGCAUACAGUCACAAAAUUUUUUGACCUGGAUAUACAUAACAGAGUUGGGGGGAUAAUACCUUGUCUCUGAUUCAAUGCAUUUCAUUUGCAUCAUUUCAUGUUGCAUUUUUGUUCUUUCAAGUAUUAGGCGUUACGCCCAAGUCUCAAAAAAAGUAUUAUGCAUCCAGGAAAUCUUGGUGCUGCCUUUAUAUAUUUUGAAAACUUUUAGGUGUUGGGAAUGUAAGAUCAUGUUUGAUUCACGUUAUUAUUCAGAGAUAAGGUAUUUGUUGUAAUGAUGCAAAAUUUGUCAAACGUUGAAAAAGUAUUUUUGAGAAACGUAGGGGAUAGUGAAUCACUUGUUCAUAGAGGCAAAUGGUAUUUUGGAUGGUUGCCUUUUUCCUCUUUCAAACCCUCCAAGUAUAGAUUAAUGAUUUAUGUGAAUUACGUCGCUGAUCUUAUACACAGUAACACGUAUCAAGUUUUUCUCACAUUCAGAACAUUGCACAAGUUUGUGACGUUUCUUCAUUCCUACCCCAAAAUUAAAAAGAAUCGAUUUGGUUAAUUUCUUUUCCUUUAAAUGAAGAAUGUAUAGUUAGGUAUGCAGAUUGCGCGCCUUCCUGAAUAACUUUUAGGGUUUAUAAAACAAAAUUAAAACAUUUGUAGAAUAGAAGGAAGCAUUGUGGAGGGCUAGGGGCAUAGGGCUAUGGUGGGUUACCCAGCAAAUGGUUAGUGACUUAAACAGCAGAAGCACGUAGGUCCUAACUCCUACCUAGUACGUGGGGUCUGUGGUCUGUUUGUUUCGUAUUUUUAGUGUGUGUUUUUAAGUGUUUUUUGUAUUGAGGAUGUAAAAAGGUGUAUUAGAAAUGUAAAAAGGUAUGAUGGGAUAAGACAGUUAUUAAUAUUUAAUUCUGAAAAAACUAAAAAAAAAAAGAAACAAACAAUAUGUUUUUAUUUUUUGGCAAAGUCACUUUGGAUCACAGCCACCCAACUCCCUUCAAUUUUAAUUUUUUUUCUUCCCUGACAAAUACAACUCUUGAAUUUGGAAGACUACUUUGCAUCGUGCUAUUUGUGGUAUGGAAAAUUGAUGCAUACGUGAUACAACCAAGUUUGGGUAGCUGUCAUUGUAACCCAUACCUUAAUGUUGUUGUAGUUUAUUCCUUAUGUUUCAUUUUAAUUUUCACUCUGUAUGGUUCUUUUUUUAUUGUUUUCUUUUGCAAUUUAUUAUUAUUUAUUUUUGG